UAAUUGAUUAGGCGCGCGUUCAAAUGGCCACUUCCAGCUGAUGGCGGCGCGCCCAAGUAAGAAAGAGCUCACUUCAAAGAGAAGCGGCUGCUGCAAUCAACCCUAAUACUCCUUCCCGCUCCAAUCCAAUUGCAGCCCGCCCCGCGCACACCCGGUCGGCGCGCACCCGUCUGCGAGGGCCCUCGCCAGCAGGCGCGGAGUCGGCCUAGCAAAUCUCGAAUUCUGAUUCUACACGAUGCAGAAGACACCGCCUGGAACCGUCAUGUUCGGCGGAGCGGGGCCAAGCCCCGCGCACCGCGGUGGAAGACACCUGUUCGCAGUGGCCCACGCCUCCUGCGUCGAGGACAGAGGGAAAGGGUGCCCCGUGGCGUUUCCGCCGACGAGGCCACGACGGAAAAAAGGUGUGGUGCCUGGGAAGCUCUCGGCCCGCGGCCUGGCCGGGCACCCCGAGGGCCAGAGACACAUUUACGCCGAUGUUUCCUCCUCAAGACGGCGGAGGAACGAGGAGGAGGAGGAGGAGGAGGAGGAAAAGGAGAAGGAGCAGGGGAAAGAGAAACAGGACGAGGAGAAGGCAGUGGGCCUGCCUGGCCGCCCCUCGGCCCCGCGGGGCGCCCGACGCCAGCCGCGGCCUCUUAGCAAACCGGCGCUCAAUAACCAGAGCGCCCGCACGAACGGGUGUCGCGUAUAAUGGCAAAGGCUGGUUGGCCACCGAGCUGCCCUCCCUCCCUCCGUCCCUCUC